CGCUGGUGUUAAAUGGCUAUGUAACUAACCCAAACCCUACCCCUACUCUAACCCCUAACCCUAACCUCAACCCUAACUCUAACCCUAACCGAAUUAAUGAAAAAAUCCAAAAAGAAACGACUUUACAAAAUCGAUAGGGCGGUUUGCUGGAUGGAAAAAAGUGCUAACCAUACAACACAUGUUUGAAUAUUUUCAUUCAUUUAAGUGCGAAUUUUCACUACAAUUCCAUUUGUUUUGGCUUUAAAAUUAUCCACACAUUUUCAGCAACUAAGGAUGUGUAGUAUUGAUGAAAUUGAGCAGGUUGGCGACAAUAUAAAGUCUAAAAAAGGUGAAAACCGUCGCGACAAAGGAAACAGAAAAAAUUUUGCAGGCGAAGGAUCGUGCAUGAAAUGUCCCGAGAAAGCAGUCGUGCACGUCAGAAAUAACGACCCGUUUUGUAGAACAUGUUUCUUGGAUUAUAUCGUCCAUAAAUUCCGUGCCACCAUUGGAAAAGCUCGCGUUAUUCACCAAGGGGAAAGAGUCUUACUUGCAGUUUCCGGGGGGUCGGCGUCGAGUACCAUGCUGGAUUUGGUUAUCGAAGGUGAAUGCCAUUUAGUAAUUUAUGAUAAUAGCUAGAAGUUAUGUAGUGUAGGUUUGCUUGUUUUUGCCUGUAAACAAGUAAAGUGUGAUGUUGUAAUAUUCCACAAAUAGAUUGAGUUAUUAACUUUAUAUUAUUAAAUUAUGUACUUUAUUUUGCCCCCUCCCCUGGAUGAGUAUUUUCAGAUCAAUCUCGUUCCCAGAGCCAAAAUGUGGUCAGUACUAUGACCGGCAUCAUAUAAAUUUGACCGGUCAUAUUAAAAAUUUGACCGGUCAUUAGGCUUGGGCGGUUAACCGGUUUUUCGGUUUUGUUCGGUUUUCUUUUUAAAACCGGUUUUCAUUUCCAACAACUGAAAAAUUGGUUUUUCGUUUAUAUCUUUUUUUCAUGAUCUGAAAAGUGUGCAAAUACUAAUUUGUGCAAGAAAUGCUGUACAGAACCCUCGCCUAAGUACAGUCACAGUAUAGGGAGACAACCAGUAGGCCACUUAGGGGAGAGAAAAGUGGCAAUUAUUUAAGCUAGGUUCCAGGUGUCUUAUGCGCCAAAAUCAUUAUUCUGUAGUACAAUUUUAUAGUGGACUGCUGCCGUUUACUGGCUGCCAAUAUGUAAAUUAGGUUGGCAGCCAGUAAACAAUUAGACAUUUUUUUACGCUGAGUGGCCCUACUGUACUUUUCCUACACUGUGGUACAGUAGACAAAGUAUUUUCUUAAAAACAUGAGCAGACAAAUCAGCUGUUCACCUAAAAGUUAUCACGUAAUGGUUCACACGUUUCUAGCAUUCUCGUGCAUUUCCUCCGGAUUUGAGAGUGAGUUACUGUAGGUCUUAUGAAAUCAUACCAAGACAGUGGUUAAGUUAGAAUUUCCAAGAAAUCCUAUGUUAGAAAAUGAAAAAGUCGCAAAAACCGGUUUUACGGUUUAACCGGUUUUAAGUCAGACAGUUUACCAGUUUUUAUUUUAAUCAAAACCGCCCAAGCCUACCGGUCAUAUUAAAAAUUUGGUCGGCCAUAUUAAAAAUUUGGCAUCAUAUUAAAAAUUUGGCCGGUCAUAUUAAAAAUUUGGUCGGCCAUAUUAAAAAUUUGGCCGAUCAUAUUAAAAAUUUGGCCGGUCAUAUUAAAAAUUUGGCUAGUCAUAUUAAAAAUUUGGCCGGUAAUAUUAAAAAUUUGCCCGGUCAUCAGUUAAAAAUUUGCCCGGUCAUAUUAAAAAUUUGGCCGGUCAUGACCGGUGACUGGCCGUUAUUUUGAGCCCCGGGCAUAGACAUGUUUUUAUCUGUGACCGCUCAUCCUUAGAUACAAACAAUACAACUUUGCCCAUUAAGGUCUCAGCAAAGCCGCAGUGAAGAAACAUCGUUUUCAGCCAGGGGUUGUUCAUGUUGACGAUGAAGGGCUCUGUGGCCAUAGUGUCCAUGACAGAAAUAAUGUGAAGCAUCACAUCGAAGAAUUAGCAAGAUCUGCCGGAUUUCCAUACCACCAUGCUUCAUUGGCCGAUCUGUUUAUACAACAGGGCAAAGAAACAUCCCUUGAACGAAAUCUACACGAAUUAGAUAUUUUAAAUGAAGAGCAAAAUAUUUCAAACGAAAUAUCAAAGAGAACGAAAAGUCUUAGAGAGGUUUUUGAAAAAGUAACCACUGUCACAGCUCGGGAAGAUUUGUUGUCACACCUCUAUCGUAAUUUGCUGCAGAGGAUUGCAAAGGACCAUGGGUAUGAUUAUAUCAUGGUCGGUGACUGUGGUACCAAUAUUGCAGUGAGGAUUCUUGCGGACAUUGCACAAGGCCGCGGAUCACAACUACCGUUAAGUGUCAGCUUCAAAGAUAGUCGUUCUGAGGUUCCAGUGUUACGACCGAUGCGUGAAUUCACGAAAAAAGAGAUCCAGUUUUAUAAUUGUUUUAGUGACGUUACUUCGUUUACCAUACCCUCAUUUACAACAAAAGCUUCAAGUCACGGAAGCGUAAAUCGAUUAACAGAGGAGCUUAUUUUUGGUUUGCAAGCAGGUUUCCCAUCAACAGUGAGUACAGUUUUGAGAACGGGUGACAAGAUAUCGUCAAAUGUCGAUAGAAAGGAUGGUCUGCAUUGCGUCUUGUGUUUGGCUCCAUUAGGUGUAAAUUCUGGUUUUUCUGAAGCAUUUAGUGAGUUGACAACAUGCAGUGGUGGCGAGUGUGGUACUGGUGGUUGCCAGAAAACUGAUGGUGGUGAUGGUAUUGGUGGUGGAGGUACUGAUGGUCAUGAUGACACAUUAAGACACAUGGGCACUCACUCUGAUUCACUUGAGAGUGCCUAUGGCAUUGAUGGUAGCUUUGGUGGCAUAACAAUCACUGGUAGUGGUAAAAUAUGUGGUACUAGUGGUCACAGUGGUACACUUGGUAGUGUUGGUGAUGGUACACAUAGGGAUAGUAGUGGUCACAGUGGUACACUUGGUAGUGUUGGUGAUGGUACACUAAGGGGUAUUAGUGGUCACAGUGAUACACCUGGUAGUGUUGGUGAUGGUACACUAAGGGGUAGUAGUGGUCACAGUGGUAUACCUGACACACACAUUGGUGGUGAUCAGAGUACAGAUGACCAUAAUAUUCUGUUGAAGUCACUUUGUUAUGGUUGUAUGUUGACAUAUCAUGACAUCAAAGAUGGACAAAUGGUACUACAAACGUUUCUGACAGAAAAUCCAAGAAAGCAAUUUCAACAAGGAGCAAUGAAUGAACUAGCCUGCGGACAGCCUCCCAGGCUAUGAAAGAACAGAUUAAUGAGUUCUUACUUGAUGGCUAACAUAGAACAAACAUUUACACUUCUUACAUUUUAAUUUUGUCUGAUAUUUUAAUUAUAUAUUCCAAACUAUAGCAUUUUGAACAUCAAUAAUAUUCUAUUAUGGCAUGUUAAAAGUUGUAUAGAAUUUGAUGAAAUAUGUAUACCAGUCGAAACAUUCAAGAGAUUCUGAAUAUUGCAUUAUUGAUAAAAGAAUUACAGGAUGGAGUGUUUUUUCCAGCCUUUAAACCAGGGGACUUCCGAGUAUGGUUUGCACUGGAUCGACAAAAGGUGGAAGAGUAUAAAGGCGGACUUCCAGUCCUCGCACGAAGCUCCUCG